GACGCAGCCUGAAUACCGAUUGCGCUAGUGUAGCAGAUAGAUCAAACAAGCAUGAAUCGGGUGCUCGGGGUCUCUCCUACCAUGGGCACCCCGAACAGAGACCAACAGAAACGACGAAAACGACACCACAACAUGCUUCUUCGGUACUUCUUUUUCGCCGUCAUUGUGACCAGGGUCCUGUUCCUGGCCUUCACACAACCAUUGAAGGUCGCUACGGAUCAGCGUUUAGAGAGCGUUUGGGAAGGUUUUCCAGAAGUCAAAACUUCGACUAGUCCCGACAUAAAAGAAGGAGCUGCCUCUGCACUCGAUGGAAACAAAUUGUUGACUGCAUAUUUGGAGCCAACGGAAUCAGUGACUUACACCGACAAAAACCAAAAACUAUUUGUACGGAACACAUCGAUGUCAAGCCUUCAAUUGGUCACCUUUCCCAACGUAAACAACUGUUCGUCUCUUAUGAAAAACUUUCCUGUCGACGAGUUCCCACUAGGUGAUCCUUGGCUUCCCUGGAUCCAUGAUUACUUUCCUUCCUUAGACGGGAAAUCUCUACAUUUUGUGGCACAAAACCGACGCAGGUGCCAAACCGGGGCAGCUAAUGAGAAACAGAUGGAAUUUUGGGCACCCCAAAUCUCCCUCUUCCAGGGAAUUCCUAUUGUGGUGGAGGAUCGAAAUGACACGAAAAAUACUCCGGGAGGGACUAGAAAGAAAAAACAGAAGACUUACCGAUUGGCCUCUUCGUUUGAAGAAGCAACUCAUAAUGCCACACGAUUUCAGUGCCGAUUCCACCACGUUGGCACAAAGAUAACAACACUUUCUGUUUUCCCGUUUGAUUAUGAAUACAUAAGCUGGAGAAAGCAUAAGAAGGCAAUGAUUGGACCCCAUGGAGGUAAAGAGCAGAGUAUGGUUUGGUUGAGUCAGUUGCUAUUUGCUUGCCCAAUUCCCGAAGAAUUCCAGCCUUUAUUACUACCGCCGUUGACGAUCGAGUCAUCGAAAAAGCAAUCAGCUGUCAACAAUGAUCAACCUGCUCUGUAUGUCGACUUGAUUCCAAUACGAACCCCUGUGAGAAGUAAUGAUGAAUUGCUAUCUGAUAAACUAAGCGCAAUGAGAGACAUAGCAAUUGGAAGUCCAUACCUCAAUGAUGUAUUUGGCCAACACAACAUUAUUCCGUCCAUGGAUAACGCCGGCCGGUGGGAGAAUUUACCUUUGUGUCGACGUUCCAGCAGCUUACAUCUAUCACCCAUAAAGAGUCCAAUGCAACUCUCAACUAUUGGUGCUAAAGAAAGAAACCAAAAACCGCAUCGUCUUGUGGCUUGUACAUGGGUUUCUGCAUCGUACCAACGCCGAGGUGACAUUUAUACUGUAUCCGAUAGCGCUAAACGCUUGAGGGAAUGGAUUCAUUUUCAUUUGAUGGUGGGCAUGGAUCACAUAUACGUAUAUGACAACACGAAUAGAGCUCUGAGUGGAAAUUCAUCCGUCAUUUAUGAUGUUACUCGGUCUUUCAGACCAGACCAAGUUACAUACAAAGCCUGGCCCUGUAAAAUUUGCAAUAAUGUAAGUAGUAUAUCUUGGUGCUGUUGAAAUAAUCCUACAGUAUCGGAACGCGAGAGAUGCGAUUUUCGAAAUUCGAUGCUUUCAAGGAAUCAUGCGCCAUUGGUCCAAUUUGCUUUGCACUGAUGCAACUGCGUUGUGCUUUGAUCGCAUUCUGCCGCUUCCGCAAAGAACAAACCAGGCAACCCUAGCCCCGGUGAACGCUCGUCCCAAUACGCUGCUGAAAGCUCCUGUUUGAAACGUUACGGAGAACUUAGCGAAUGGAUGACGUUCCUCGACAUCGAUGAGUACUUGGUACGUACUUACCUCGAGAACUUUUAGCCUUAUUCUGUACAUCCCCCUUCCGGUCUGACUCACAGUUGCUCUUCUAGGUUCCAAUGAAACAAACUGAGGAUGGUGAAUAUAGUUGGCACCCCGUUAUGGAUGAAAUGGACAAAUUAGACAAAUCUGUCAUGAAGUUUUUGUCAAGCAGAGGAAAACCGCGGAUCGAAUUAACAGAGUAAGACCAUUCACUGUUGUAGAGCUCACGAUGGAUGUUUUCUCGGGUUUUUUAUAUAAUUACACGCAGUUACCUCAUAGGGCUUCAAACUGAUUUUUAUUGUGUUCUUUCACUACUUCAGAAAGUUAGAAGACCAGUCAGUUUGUAUCGACCCAGAAGAAAUCGAACGGAAAAGACGGGGACUGCCGGUGGAGCCAUGCGUGGGUCCAAUGAGGAACAAGACGUUUUUACAAGUUCACAACUGGUAUGUUAUAUCGCUGUUUUGUGAGUUGUUUUUGCCAACAGACGCAUUCAAUAACUGACAACGGAUUGCUAUCUCUGAUCGUUUCCCAGCGAUUUCAUCCGGCCACCAAAACCACAGAGGUUUCAGCGAGCCAUGAAACAAAUCUACAGACCAUCAUUUGUGCUGUUGCACUUCGUGCACUACUCCACUGUGACGACCGCCAUGACGCAAUAUACCAAUACAAAAUUGGACCAAAGAAAUAGCUGGGGGCGUCUAAAGAAACAAGAAGCAAAGCAUGAAUUGUUCAUGGACGAAUUAACUCAGGGUGCGUUAGUACACGCCCGAAGUGUGCUGCCCCACGAAACAAGAAGGCGAUCAGCAGAAUGCUUACUUGGAUCGAAGCAUGACUGUACGAUGGGAUUUUUGUGCAACGACGAUGUUCAAUUUUUUGACAAGUUACACAGGGACAAUGUCUUCCAAAACCCAGACAAGAGUUUCUGCAAUUGUUGGAGAAAUAAAGUCAUCGAGGAAGUCCUUGUUCCUAAGCUAGAACGUUUGCUUUCGAUUGGACCACAGGAAUUGUGAUCACUCUGAAGGCGAUUUGGUCGAAGCAUGACUGUACGAUGGUUUUUAUGCAAGGACAGUGUUCAAUUUGUUGAUAAGGUACACAGGGACAACGCUUUUUUAAAACCAGACGAGAGUUUCUUCAAUUAUUGGAGAAAUGAAGUCAUCGAGGAAGUCCUUGUUCCUAAGCUAGAAAGUUUGCUUUCGACUGCUCCACAGGAAUUGUGAUCACUCUCAAUGUGUUUCGCUUUAAAACUAAAAUUACCGUCCUUUCUAAUGAUUCAAUACUCUUAGCUCAACUUCAUUGACCUUAGUUCAACCAUGUCUUUAGAGCAAAGUUUAUUAUAAAAGUUUUUUGACGAUCGUCACUCAACCCUCCAACGUAGGCAAGGCAAGGUAGGAAUCCCUAUUAUGAUGUGUUGAACCAUUGUUGUCGUUCAAUUCAGCCCCAUGAUUGUCAGGUAUUUUAUUAGUCCUGCCAUUAUUUUCAACGAAGGACAUCUCGCAAACAUCGGUCUCGAACCAUCCCCGCCCACAAAACCCCAAGAUGGUCGGCCAGAGAUCAAUAAAAAUUCCGGUUCCAUUUUGUUCGAGACGCUUACCAACCCGAAGGAGUUCCAUCACGGCCUUUCGGUCGUUUGGAGUAAAUAGCAAAUGACGAUCCGGACUCCAACUUUGUUCCGAUUUUAGGAUUAGUUCUCUGCAUUCGUCUAUUGCUUGCUGAGACAAACAAUUCCAAGGUUUUGACGAAUUAAUGGGCUGAGAAGGAAUCAUCGAUCUCAAGAUAGGCGAAGUAACCGGAGAAGUGCUUGUCGCCGAGGACGCGUGAGACCGAUUCGGAGAACCAGGUUCUGCCGGCACAAUCUGUUGGCGAGCCGCAACCGCUGGCAAGAGACCGAAAUGAAUUGGUGUAGUAGGAGAUGGCCUGGCAACACUAGUAGGACUCCCAUUGGGCGGAAUGUCUAUCCGUGCACCAGCAUGCAAAAGUGCUCUCAGUACAUCACUGCUUCCGCGAGCUACAGCUACGUGAAUUGGCAAUCGGCCGCUCAAGUCCGGAACUUCCAUUGCUGAUUUUGCUUUUGGAUGACUCAGGAGAACCUGAGACGCUCGCUGAGCAUUGUAGUGGGCGCAGUAAUGUAGCGGUGUGUAUCCACUAAAUCGAGAAUGCGGGUGGUUGGGAAGUGGGUUGUGAUAUUGCGCUCCAUCAUCUGGUGGUGGACCGGCACAUCGCGAGGAUAGAUCUGCGCCGCGUUCCAAAAGGAGGCGUGCCGAAUCCGAUGCAUCCUCCUGGGCAGCGAAGCAUAGUGGCGUUGCACCACUAUUGGCUUUUGCAUCUAUCUGUGCUCCCUUGCUGGUCAAAAGCUCGAUGCAUGCCAGUGAGUUGCUGUAAGCAGCAUCGUGCAAGGGAGUCCAACCCGACGGAUGAGCUCGCGCAUUUGGAUCGGCAUUAUAGUUCAACAAGAGUGCAACACAUUCCGUUUCGUUCUUAAACGACGCCCAGUGAAGCGGUGUAUUGCCGUGGCCAUCGGCACAACCGAAAGGUCGCAAAAAAGAAUGGCUCGAGUAGAGCGUAUCGUUCCGGAAGGAGCAAGAUCUCACCAACGCGGCUUUGGUUGUUUCUAGAAUUGGUACGUGGGCCAAUAGAGAGCGUGCUGCUUGAAGCUCUAACAUAAUCCCUUCAUUGACCGACCGAGCCAAAUUUUGGAACCGUCGAAGAAUUGGAAUGUAAUUCAUGUACCUGGACGUAUCGUUCUCUUUUUUGCCACCCGCAGCAUGGGUUGUCCGUCCGAGGUGCCUGCGAUUCGACGAGGUUCCAUUCGGUGGCCGAGCGGCUAGUCUAGGAGCGGGUAUGGAGGAAGUUAUUUCCAUCGCGUCAGGCAUGAAAGGAACGUCGCUGGCGCCACUGUUCUUGCUGCCGGACUGCGAACUAUUUUUCCCCUCAACUUCUUCCGCAUAUUGAUGGCCUAGCUCCAGCAAGAGCGUCAAGCAAUUGAUCGACCCGUUGCACGCAGCUUCGUGGACCACGAGCCUACGAAAUGCAGUGUGGUUGGCUCUGCCGUCCGCUCCCAUGAUGAGGAAAAACGCAAGCAUCAAUGGUCUAUCCAACGCACACGACAGAUGCAAGAUUGUUCCGGUUCCGCCUGACGCACCAACCCCUCCGUGUGGAGCUGGCGUGGCAUUCGCAACAGAACCAUCAAAGAUCGGUGGAUCGUUUUCGUGGCCUGGGGCUGGACUCGUGGCACCAAAUCGAUCGUAAAUGCACAAGUUCGCCGGUGGACGAGAGUCUGCUAGAGUUGCAGACGCAUCCCAGAUCAAUCGAUAGACAUCUUUCGAUCGUGUUGUUGUUGCUGCUGCUGCUGAUGAUGUUUGAAGUCCCCGAGGGAACCCAGCCCCAUGAUUGUUGUCGGAGAUGAAAGCUGAAAGAUCCCGUAAUACAUUAAGAUAGUCAGAGCUUGUGUUGAGCUCCUUCGGUUCCAACAUUGGGCUCGACGAAUGUUGCGAAGAGUGCUGCAGGAAUUCGUCAAUUUUUUCUUCUGAAUUUGGAUGAAGCGAAACCGGACAAAUCGAAACCAGACAGCAGUGACGUUACAACGGUUCGUAUGUACAUCAAUUAACAUUCACGUGAUCAUUACAAAUGGCAUAAAAUAUCGAGUGAGAAUCGUAUCGGUGAAUGAAAUGGAAUCCAAUAACCAAACAAGCCGCAUGAGAAAAAACGAAGCUAAGCGGUGCGAAGUGCAAUUUUGUCUUUAAACCAGACACUACUUGCCUGAUGCUGCCAUCGACUCCCCCCUCAUUGCCCAUCUCGACUGAAGUGACACGUAAGACGCUAUGGAUUCCCUCGCAUUCUCGGCAAAUUUCUUGGCGAGUCCCUCAUAAUCCUCCUCGACCACAGCCCGAAAAAUCUGCGAAGUAGAAGGAAGCUGGUUUCGAUGGCCGUUGCCAGUAUUGAAUGCCGAGGCCAUGGUGUAACUAU